CUGCAACGCAAUUUAGAUUGUUGUCUCAUUACAGAAAGCUGGUCACACGUAAUUCACGACGCGGUCUUGAGUUUUGACUCCUCUCAUGAGGUCCACAAAUGCAAUCGUGGUGGGGAAAGGACUGGAGGCGGAGUACUGGCGCUUAUCCGGAAAGCAAUCUCCCACAAGCUUAUCAUCAAAAAAGAUUUCCAUGGUUUCAUCCAAACUAUAAUCAUCCAGAUACGAACUCAGGCAAGCAAGAUUCUGCUAGUUCUUACAUAUCGAAGUCCCUCAUGUUCCCUGCUAGCUUUUUCCCAAUUCAUUGACUUCCUUCACAAUUCGCGACCAAAUAAUAAUAGAGACUUCAACUUCCCUCUUAUUGACUGGGAUAACAUGACACACAGAGGGAACACCUCGACGCAAUCUUCGACAGCGUUUCUCGAGUUCGCUAAGUCGUUUGAUUUGAGACAAAUUGUGAGGGAACCUACACAUGGACUCAACAUUUUAGACAUUAUACUGGUCUCCAGUCCUACCCCCGUCACAAAGCAUCGUGUACUAGAACCCUUCAGCACUGCAGAUCACAACUCUAUUGAAUUUGAAGUCUCAUAUUGUGCUCAAGUUAGUUCUGAAAAGAGCAGAUGGUAUCGUAAUUUCCUGAAAGGUGACUACGAAGCCGUGAUCUCAGCCUUAUGUCAAAUUGAUUGGGUUGCUAUCAACAACACAUCUGCAACAAUAGAUAUCUUUUACUCCAAGUUCGUUAGCAUUUGUAAUCAGCUGAUUGAGAAAUACAUUCCCCUAACACGUCAUGCUAGGCAUCAAGAGAAAUAUCCAAAACGGGUACAUUUUUUGAGAGCAAGAAUUAGGUAUCUUUAUCGGAGGGUUUCUUCGGUGUAUGACACCCAAUACCGUGUUUGUGUGCAGCGGCUUAAGCGUACUCUUGCACGUCAUCAGAUAGCAACUGAGAAAAAGAUAGCAGCGACUAAGAAUUCUAAGCGUUUUUACUCCUAUUGCAAGAAAAAACUCAAGCUCAUGGAUUCCAUUCCUAAUUUGGUCUCUCAAGAAGGAGUCAUUGUUGAAGAUGAUGCCACCAAAGCAAACUUGUUUGCUGAUUAUUUCAACCGCGAUACCGGUGCUUGCCUCCCUCCUCUAACUGACGACUGCUUGGACUGGAUAGACAUAUCGAAUGAUCUAGUUUACAAUUCACUUCGAAGGCUUCCCAGCAGAGUGUCAACGUCACCGGACAAUAUUCCUUACAUUUUCUUGAAGAAGGCUGCCUUGGGGCUCACGUCUCCACUCACGGUAAUGUUUAACAGGCUCUUGCUAUGCGGGAAGGUUCCAAAACUAUGGUACAGGCCGAUAUGUCUAACCAGCUCAAUCAGCAAGGUUAUGGAGCGCAUCAUAUGUCGUAAGUUAACAGCCUACCUCGUGAGCGAAACCUGCUGCACCCGAGUCAAGACGGAUUCCUCA